AUGUCUGAAGAGACUACUACAACUACUACUACCUCUACCAACCCAUCAGAGGAACAAGUCACCAAAGCAAUGGAGAACUUGACUGUUGAUAAACCACUCGGAUCUGGAUUAUCAGUACAAGAAAGAUUAGCAUUGGUUAAAUUAGUUGGUGAAGAGAUUGUAUCUGAAGAGAACUUGGCUGCUUUAUUGACAGCCAAGCAAAAGUUGAGAUGCUAUGAUGGUUUUGAGCCAUCUGGUAGAAUGCAUAUUGCUCAAGGUAUCUUAAAGUCGAUCAACGUCAAUCGUAUGACCAAGGCUGGUUGCACCUUUAUCUUUUGGGUGGCCGAUUGGUUUGCCAUGCUCAACAACAAGAUGGGUGGCGACUUGGUCAAGAUUAGAAAGGUCGGACAGUACAUGAUUGAGAUUUGGAAGGCCACCGGCAUGGACAUGGAGAACGUCGAGUUCCUCUGGUCGUCGGACGAGAUCAACAAGGGUGCCAACGACUACUGGUUGCGUGUAAUGGAUAUUGCCCGUAAGUUCAACGUGCCACGUAUCAAACGUUGCUCGCAAAUCAUGGGUCGUGGUGACGAAGACGAUUUGUCGGUCGCCCAAAUCCUCUACCCAUGCAUGCAAUGUGCCGACAUCUUUUACUUAAAGGCCGAUAUUUGCCAACUCGGUUUGGAUCAACGUAAGGUCAAUAUGUUGGCUCUCGAGUACUGCGAGAAGCUCAAGAUCAAGCACAAGCCCAUCAUUGUCUCACAUCACAUGCUCAUGGGUCUCAAGGAAGGCCAAGAAAAGAUGUCCAAGUCAGACCCCGAGUCAGCCAUCUUUAUGGAAGACUCUGAGCAAGACGUCCGUACCAAGAUCAAGAAGGGCUACUGUCCACCAGGUGUCGCCGAGAAGAACCCAAUUCUCGACUACUUGAAGCACAUUGUCUUCCAAAAGUUUGACACCUUUACCAUUACCCGUAAGGAAGAAAACGGUGGCAACAAGACAUACACCUCGUACGACGAGGUUGAAAAGGACUUUGUCAGUCUUGCCCUCCAUCCAUCCGAUCUCAAGCCUGCCAUGGCCGACGCCAUCAACAAGAUCCUCCAACCAGUCCGUGACCAUUUCACAAACAACAAGGAGGCUGCUGCCUUGUUAAAGACUGUUCGUAGUUAUUCAGUUACUAGAUAA